AUGGAGAUAUCAGUUGCAUCGUUGACAGUUUCAAUAGCUAUAGCUGCGGUGUCGUGGUGGGUAUGGAGAACGUUGAACUGGGUUUGGUUCAAACCAAAGAUGCUUGAGAGUUACCUGAGAAGACAAGGUCUUGCCGGACCUCCUUACACGCCUCUCGUCGGCGACUUGAAGAAGAUUUUCAACAUGUUGACGGAGGCAAGAUCCAAACCCAUCAAACUAACGGAUGAUAUCCAACCACGUGUCGUGCCUUAUCCCUUGCAGAUGCUCAAGACUCAUGGAAGGACCUUCUUUACGUGGUUAGGACCUAUACCAGCCAUCACUAUAAUGGAUCCUGAGCAAAUCAAGGAAGUGUUCAACAAAAUUUCUGAUUUCCCAAAGACACAUACAUUCCCUCUGAUCAGAUACAUAGCCACUGGACUCGUUAGUUAUGAUGGAGACAAAUGGGCGAAACACCGAAGAAUCAUAAACCCUGCUUUCCAUUUAGAGAAGAUCAAGAUUAUGGUACCUGCUUUCCACCAAAGCUGCAGCGAGGUUGUUGGCGAAUGGGACAAUUACAAAGAAGGGCAAAAGAUAUUUGAGCUCCAAACAGAGCUAACAGAGCUCAUCACUCAAUCGUUUCGGAAAUCUUUCAUCCCUGGAUAUCGUUAUCUCCCAACGAAGGAUAAUAGAAGGAUGAAAGCAGCAGCCAGAGAAAUCCAAAGUGCAAGUUGUUCUAUUUCGCCGGGCAAGAGACAACUUCAGUACUUCUGUCUGGACAAUGGUUCUGUUAAGCCAACACCAAGACUGGCAAGCUCGGCACGAGAAGAAGUGAAGCAAGUUUUUGGCGACAGAGAACCUGAUACAGAAGCCUCUAAACCAGCUCAAAGUUAUUUGGAUCCCUCGCAGAUGACGAUGAUAUUGUAUGAGGUCCUUAGGCUAUAUCCUCCAGUAACGCAGCUGAGUCGAGCCAUUCACAAAGAGAUGAAGCUUGGCGACCUGACGCUACCAGCGGCGUUCAGUCAAUCUACCUAUUAUGUUAGUCCAACGCGACACGAGCUAUGGGGCACGAUGCAGCGGAGUUCAAGCCGGAGAGGUUCAAAGACGGUCUCUCAAAGGCAACAAAGAGCCAAGUCUCUUUCUUUCCCUUUGCGUGGGGACCAAGGAUCUGCAUUGGCAGAACUUUGCUAUGUUGGAGGCUAA